UGAAGCUCUGGACUUGCCCCAAAUUCUCCGUUUCUUCUGAACCUCGAGGCGUCGAUCCAAAAUCUGCUCCUUGCUUCAUCUUUCUCCUCUCCCCAUCUCUUCCCGAUACAUCACUUUUACUCUUGAAGGAAGUUGGGGAAGGUUUUCUUACUCUUUUUUUUUCAGUCAUCAACUGGUGCUCGGCGCUGCGGAGUCGCACACACAGGCAAAGAAAGGGAGAAUAAUUAGUUUAGUCUGAGUAAAUUUGGUUUGAGUAAUGGAUGCGAGUUCCACCGAGGAUUAUGGAGCGGGUUGUAUUUCAUCACAAACGGAGGGCGUAUCUUCUGGGCAGCGAUACCAAUCUGUUGAUUCUCGUGCAGAAUGGCGUUCCAGCGAGCAGCUGGAGAAUGGAACGCCUUCCACUUCACCUUCUUAUUGGGACAUUGAUGAUAAUGAUGAUUGUGGACCCAGACCGUCUGAGCUUUAUGGGAAACAUACUUGGAAGAUUGAAAAUUAUUCACAAAUUAACAAACGUGAAUUGCGAAGCGAUGAAUUUGAAAUUGGUGGCUAUAAGUGGUAUAUUUUAGUAUAUCCACAGGGAUGUGAUGUCUGCAAUCAUCUAUCUUUGUUCCUUUGUGUUGCUAAUCAUGACAAGCUUCUUCCUGGAUGGAGUCAUUUUGCACAGUUUACAAUAUCUGUUGAAAAUAGGGAUCCUAAACAUUCCAAGUUCUCUGAUACGUUGCACCGUUUCUGGAAGAAAGAGCAUGAUUGGGGUUGGAAAAAAUUUAUGGAACUCACUAAGGUGGAAGAUGGCUUUGUAAAUGAUGAAACUCUUAUCAUCAAAGCUCAAGUUCAAGUUAUUAGGGAGAAAGCACACCGCCCCUUUCGUUGCCUUGACUGCGAGUACAGAAGAGAAUUAAUGCGGGUAUAUCUAUCAAAUGUAGAGCAAAUUUGUCGGCGUUUUUUUGAAGACAGAAGAAAUAAACUCAUCAAAUUGAUUGAUGAUAAAGUGAGAUGGUCAAGUUUCUGUUCCUUUUGGUUAGGGAUUGACCAAAAUUCAAGGAGACGUAUUUCAAGGGACAAGUUAGAUACAAUACUGAGAGUAGUCGUGAAGCACUUUUUUGUAGAGAAGGAAGUCACAUCUACUUUAGUUAUGGAUUCUCUUUAUAGUGGUCUGAAGUUUCUUGAAUGCCAAAGCAAGAACAAGAAAAAAACACUGAUGUUAGAAAUGGAGGAAUCAGCUGUUCCUAUGGUUCAAGUUGAUAAAGAUAUGUUUGUUUUAGCGGAUGAUGUAAUAUCAUUGCUUGAGAGGGUGGCAUCAGAAGCUUUGCCUGCAAUGUCUUUGCCUCCUAAAGAUGACAAGAUUACCCAGAAUCGUACUAAGGAGGGAAAUUCCGCUGAUGAUAUUAAGGACUCUGUUGGUGAUGAGAGACGGCUUACAGAGCUGGGCCGUAGAACUAUUGAAAUUUUUGUUCUAGCUCAUAUAUUUAGCAGUAGAAUUGAAGUUGCUCACCAAGAGGCUGUUGCUUUGAAGAGACAAGAAGAGCUUAUCCGGGAGGAGGAAGCAGCCGGGCAAGCUGAGCAUGAGCUAAAGGCAAAGCGGGCUGCUGCGGAGAAAGACAAACGUACAAAGAAAAAACAGAGCAAACAGAAGCGCAACAAUCGAAAGAACAAGGAAAAGCAGAAGGAUUUGAAGUCGGAUUCAAUCUUUAUUGACAAAAAACAAGAAGAAAAGUCUCUGACUGAGAUAACUUCCACAGAAUUGUCUCUUAACCCCAGGAAGAUAUUGAACGAGAGAAUUGACACACGAGAAGAUGCUUCUGAUCUUUCCUACAAUGGUGAUGAUGCUGCCGAGCCGCUUUAUCCCGAUUUAGAGGAUCAGGAUAGAAGUCCCAGGAAUUGGGAUAUGGAUGAAUCGGAAAUUCAUCCUUUCAUGGAGGCAGGCGCAAUCGAAACGUCAAAUUCUCGACCAGAAAAGACUAACAUAGGCUUGGAUGAUAGCUCUUCGACUUGUUCGACUGACUCAGUUCCACCAGUCCUCUCAAAUGGAUUUAAUAAAGGAAACUCUGUGAUCAUCAAAAACAUCCAAACUUCACCAAACAGGGCGAAAAACUAUGGCAACAAACACUUGCAAAGCCAUGUGUCUGUGGCAAGCCAUUCAGGCGAAAUCAUUGAGAGCUCUCCAUCCACUUGCCAUGAGUUGGACGGAGACGAGGCUUCUCAGAAACGUCUGAUACAGCGGCAUGAAGGUCAUCUGGUUGAAAAGCAAGAACCCACAGCCAUCAUACUUCAGAAAACAUCAAAAACUCAAAAUGAUGCAGAAAAACUCUCAUCAGAUAUUCGACCGUUAGAAUCCUCCUCUGCUUCACCAGAGCCUGUAAGAAAAACCCAAUCAGUUCCACAGCAGCCAAAGCAACCAGUACAAAAUAACGCAAUCGCCGCCACCUCCAUAACUUCAUCAAUAACUCUACCUGCUCCACUCAAAGAGCCCAAAAGAUCUUCUGUUCCAUCAGCAAAAUCGCCAUUAUCUUCUUCCUCAAGAUCCGAAGCUCAGAAACUUUAUCCCGCUCCCGCAGCUAAAAACAUCGCAGCUCAACCAGCAGCUCCGUUCUCAAGACCUUCCAGCGCCCCUCUAAUGCCAGCAGCACCAAGGUUAACCAUACCACUCAUUUCUACUGCACAAGCCACACCCCACCUCUCUCGCUCCGCCAGCGCUACCACUCGAUCCACCAUGGAUGCAUCUCUAUCUGCUCCGAGUAAUGUACCUCAGUCAUAUCGCAACGCCAUCAUCGGAAAAACCACAAUGGGUGGCAACCCAGCCGAGUUCACUCAUUCCUCUUCAACCCCUCCGAGUCAGUCGUCCGCUUCGUCAAGCCAAUCUAUUUUUUCAACAAGUUCUGCUUUGUUUCCACCUCCAUCAGCUUGGCGGUUUUCGGGUUCUAGAUCGGUAUUAAGCUUUGGAUCUGUUAGGCCGGAGGCAUCGCACACCCACCCGCAAUCCAUCGCUGCCACGAACACCGAACUCUGCAACUCGAAUCAUCUAAGUGAACCGGUUUCAACCACUUCCUUGCAUCAAUCUCAUGUUGGUGUGGUGGAUGAGUUCCCUCACCUCGACAUCAUCAAUGAAUUGCUCGAUGAGGAACAGAGUACAAGCAACCCGCACUACUACCCCCCUCUUCAUCACCGGCGCCACUCCUUCAACGGCCGAUACUCAUUCUCCAGUGACUCGGCUUCCAUCGACCUGAGUUUGUUGAGCCAUAACCCGGGCAGAUUCGAUCAAACCGAGCAGUAUUAUGACAUUGGCUUUUCUUCCAUCCAUGGUGGCUCAUCUGAUCGAGCUCUCGAAAGAUUUCAGGAUGGGCGUUUCGAUCUUUCGACCGCAUAUGGUUUGAUUCAGAGCCAGUGGCCUUAUAAUCCUGCAGAUCUAUCCGUCAUAAAUCUU